ACACGAGUUGAGACUUUUGCUGGCACGUGGGUUCGCCACAUGGCCUCAAGCCGGCAGCUGACGACCCGCCAGCAGAUGGGAGGAAUCUCUCCAUACCCACACGCAGUAGUGCGGGCUGCAGCAGACCGCUGUCGAUGUUACAAUGCCUUACAGAUUUGCUGCCCCAGCAAAAUUUUGGGGGGGGCCGCAUAGUGGAAACGCUACCCCCCUACAUUAUUGUACAUCUGCGGGGCACCAUGUUCUGGGGGAAAAAUGUGUCUUUAUAGCGGGGAGUUUCCUUAAGAAGAGUGUCUUUAAAGCGGGGACGACUGUAUAUGUAGAUAGUUCCCACGCCUCUAACAUCCCUUGCAUUUGAAUUUCAGUACCACAGGGAUGGGUAUCAUCUGCCAUCCUCCUAAAACAUUGUUUCGGUGGUGGGAGCUUUGGCCAAUCCAGAGCCAGCCGUGUGUGUAUGUCUGGCAUUGCCCCUAGAUAGAGUUGAUACGAUCGAUUGUGAUUAUUUGAUAAUAAUUGACAGUUUCGGACCCAAAAAAAAUCCGAAAUAGGGACAAAUAUUUUUAGUUAAGUCGUCGUUCUGAGGAUCACUCCUGACAGGCUCGCCAGAACCCACAACAAGGAAAAAAAUACAGAUUUAAGAGCCGAGGGAGGCUUGGUUUCUGGAAAAAAAUUCACGAUUUUUUUGUUCAGCAAUUUUCUUCGAAGUAACACAUCACACGCACCACCGCACGCACGCACAACAGUCUGCUGAGAACAUGUCAGCGCGGCCAAAGGGAGGCUGCACGGUCAGAAAGUUGGGUUUGUUUCCGGCUGGCUUGAGGUCAGCAACACGCCCGUCAGAUUGAGGCAGGGGGGAGGAAGAGCGCACGAACCUAGAGGUGGUGGCAACGCCGCCAGCAAAGAAGAAGAGCAGAGAGGAGGAAGAGCACGUAGUGCCCUCCUGGUGAAGGCGGGCGCGUCCUUCCGCGCGCAAGAGUAUUUUCUCUGGUGUCUACUAGAAAGAAGAGCGUAUGACUCGGAUGUGCCUCCCAGUCCCAACCCCCCCGUCUCUCUCCCGAACGCUUGAAACGCGACAUAGCACUUCGUUCAGAGGCUGUCGUCGGCCAGUGUACAGUCAUCACUUGCUGUCUCCGUACUGGUGUGGUGCGAUUUCGUGUGCUGGGGUUGAGGGAGCGACGCAGACACGGACACGCGCAAGCACGCACGCACACUCAACAGCAGCAGCAGCAGCAGCAGUUAGAGCCCCUUGUCAUCAGGCAAGUGUGCACAGCUAGCUGUCACGAAGCGCACCACGAAAAAACAACAGCACCUGCGGACAGGGGAAGUUGGUGGGAGGAGGACUGUUCACCCACAGCC